AAGCGAAGAGUGGAGAGGAGGACACAUUGGCGUUCGGAUUGCCUGCCUCUGCUUUCGUCUAUUAGCCAGCCAGUGCUUUUGGCUGGGAGCCCAGACCGGGUUUUUGUAAUCAAAACAUGAUCUUGUAUGCUGUGCAGCCAGUACUGAGAAAGGCCGACUGAUGGCUCUCCUCUUUUAACUCUGCUGUGGAAUCCGCCGAGCUUCACCUCUCUGAUGUCCAAAAUGCACCGAUCUGAUGCUACUGUGGAUGAUGCCGUGCUGCGGAAAAAAGAACAGAAAGAUGUUGAGCUGGAUAAGAAAAUCAUUGCUUUGCGGAAAAAGAAUGAAGCUCUUAUGAGAAGAUACCAAGAAAUAGAAGAGGACAGGAAGCGAGCAGAGCAGGAGGGAAUGGCUGUCACCUCCAGGCGAGCCAGGCCAGAUGGGCUCACCAUCACCAUCACCAAGGCCCAUAAUGAGAAAAGAGUUGUCAAUGAGAAAUGGGGAAACUCUCCUGCCUCAGGCUUCACAGUUGGCAGCGAGGAGGAGGAGGAUGAAGAAGGUGAUCACUUGUUUACAUUCAGGAUGGGGAAGAGGGUUCAACUGGCAGUUACCAUGGAUAAUAAAUCCAAGGGAAAGCGAGUUGUCAGUGAAAAGCGGGGGCCAGAGUGUCUUGUGAGCCCAGGAGAGGGACCAGACAUCAGUGAAGAAGAAAUGGACCAACUGGUUUCUUUUCGAAGAGGCAGAAGAAUGCAGAUUGCAAUUACAAUGGAUAACAAGGGCAGAGUGGACGAAAAGCGACCAAUGGAGAGGAGGUGGUCAGAGGGAGACAAGCAUGCUGUGAGUGGAGUCAUCAGAAAGGAGAGAGGGAAAUCACCCCAGAAGAGUCCAGGGGACAAGAGUUGCACGUUGACCGGAAGGGAGCGAUCAGAGUACAUGCGAUGGAAGAAGGAACGGGAACAAAUCGACCUUGAGCGUCUGGCCCGCCACAAGAACGCAAGGGGAGAAUGGCGACGGGCUUGGGAUGUUGAAAAAUCAGAUUGCAUGUUUGAGGAUACAAAGGAUGGGGGACCAAUCCUGGAGGGUGCACACAGCAAGAAAGGGGGAAGAAAUGCCCGCAAGUCCCAACAUCGAUCCUUGCCUUCUGAAGGAAAAGGUGGAGGACAACACAGACGGAGCACAAGCGACUCUGCAUCCAGAACAUUGCCAGUCAUGAGCAGUAAGGCCAAGGGGAAGGAUAGACUCACUGGCAGAGCUAGAAGAUGGGAUGCCAAGGAGGGUGAAGAAAUGUCCUUUGGAAAGGAUGAACUGGAUAAUCAGAAGUCCAGUAGCAGUGAACAACUGAAGAACCAAGUUGAAGCCAGUGAAGGAAUAAAGGAACAGCAUUGCUUACAAACACUGCUGGACAAGAACGAGACACCACAGGAACGUAGUGUUUCUGUGCCAGAAGCCAAAAGAAGUGAAGCAAGUCUAUCUGGAGGUGAAGAAGGCCAGGGCAACAAGGAAAAUGCCAGUAGAUAUCUUACCCAAGAGGUGUCUGCAGUCAGCACUGAUGAGACUGAGGCAGAGCAUAACCCCAGGAAGACAGUAAUUGUGGCUGAUAUGUCUCCUGAGGACAACUGUAUGCACAACAAUUCUUGCCAGGAAGAAUACCAACUGAAUCAGGCAUCUGGAGGUAUCCUGGAGGAGAUCGGUUCUACUGUUUAUGAGGAUGGUUUAGACAAAAAUACACUGUCUGAAAGGAGCCUUAAUGGUGAAGACUGUGCAAAAAAUCUUAGUGAGUCAACAGUAAAGACAGAUGAUGGAGACCAAGGACCGUCAACAGACAAACAAGUGGGAGAGAUCCAGAUCACUGAUCCCAAGAGACAAAUAAUCGUUGGGAUAGAAAAUGAUGACCCCACUUGCCUUGUGAACAAUGAGGAGACUGAGUCUCCAGGUAAAGAAGUGCCGGACAGAACUAAUGAAUCUUCACAAGAAGGGACAAAUGUGAGAAGCAAGACACAAGACCAAUCUCUGCCAUGCAAUCAGGAAGCACAGAAUUAAUAAAAGGCAGAACAUGCUGGGAUCCCAAGAGGCUGAAGGACAACAUGCUAACCAAGCAGAGCUGCUUACAAAAGAAGAUGAGCGCAAUCUCCCCUCUGCCACUGUCUCUGCAGCCAGCUCGGCCUCUACCUUCCAGCUCUCAUUUAAUACACCACCCACUGCAGGCAUUUGCCUGUUUCGGAGCCAGUUUUGUCUUGAAAUUGCCUAUUCAGUUUUGGCAUCACUCCCCCCAGACACAUCUUUGUGCCAAAGGACAGGAAAAAUGACAGGCAAAGAGCUUCCCUGUGGAAAAAAGGAAGGAAAACGCAUACUCUUUUAUUUCUCAUACCCAACUUUGAUUUCUUUCUCACCACUCUCUGUUUUAUCAUGGGCAUGUGAUAAGCCAUGGACUAUCAACUGUAUGCACUUUAUUUUAUUUAAACACUAGUUUUAUUUAAAAUAUGGAUUUCCCUCCC